AUGCACGGGCAGUCGAACGCCGCGGCGCAUACUGGAGGCGAGCAGAGCGGCACGUGCGCGUAUCAGGACGCGAGUGCACAGCGAUCUGCAGGGUGCAUCAAGGUGGCGGUGGUGGGCGCAGGUUUCCUGGGAAAAUGCAUUGCGAUUGACCUGUCCCUGUUGGGACUUCAGGUCGUCGUGUGCGAUACGAACCCUCAGAUUGGCGACGCGCUGUCGUCGUAUGCGUACGAGUUGCUGCACCCGUUGCUAUACCUGGGCUACGUCACCAAGAGCAUGGUGACUCAAGCGUGCGGCAACAUCACGGUUGUCACGGAUGUGGCGCAAUGUGCCGACGCUGCUAUCGUCAUCGAAGCGAUUCCUGAAAACUUGGAGGCCAAAGUGAAACUUUUCAAGACGCUUGAGCAACACUGUUCGGCUUCAACAGUACUAACUAGCAACACAAUCGAGCUCCCAGUCGACUCUAUCCAAAUGCAUCUGCAGCAUCCUGACCGUUUCUUGGGCAUGCGGUUCUUCUACCCAUGCGUACUCAUGUCCCCUGUGGAACUCACAGUGGGGACGUCCACAUCGCAGCGCACUGUCGACCGCGUCGUCGCCUUCCUGCAACGUCUGGAGAAGCAACCGCAUCGAGGUCCAACUAAGCGCGUGCUUACCAGCAAAGAGGCCAGCGCCUUCCAGUUCGACACGGCAGUGCGUGGCCACUUCUAUCACGGUCUGCUGGAGCCCAAGCGCGUGUCCUCCGUCGCUGACAUCAUCACUCCUCAGCCAGGUCCUUCGCUUGUUGGACCUGACUUUAACGCAGAGAGAACAUCACUUUAA